AUGAGCAUCGUUGAAGUGACCUCCUCACUCCUAAGGGCCGAAGAGACGUUUUCUGCGUGUCUCGCACGAAUCAACUCCGUUGUCCUCAAGCCCCUGUUGCAGUCAGGUUCCUUUGAGAACGUAAAGGUCUUUCUGCUGUUAAACGACCGCUUCCAAGUUAUCUGGCAGCUGACGGAGGAGAAUUACAGGACGCUGAAGCAAACUUUCAGCACAUCCGAAUCCGUCGGGGUCCCUGAGGUCUACCUUGUCUGGAAGGCGGACCUGUUCCUGAAUGCUUAUCUCCAGUACUUUUUCACCUUUGCUACUUGUGUGGUGGUCCAAGGGUUUGAGCGUGCGGCCAGGAAUAAAAGUGACGUCUGGAAGUUGCGCAAGUCCUCGCUGCAGGAAUUCCUUGCAGAUUUCUCUCCGGAUACCUCCCUGGCGAUAGCGCUUUACACGGUGUUGCAGAAGCCGUUCCGAGACCACCUCCAGCAAUACACCUUUGCCCUCUCCAGGCUCGUGAAAGCAGCUGGACAGGGCUUGGAGGAAGAAAAGGUCGCCAAUGCUUUAGAAAAGUUUGCAAAGCUGCGUUCGUUCGCCAGCCAGGUCCUGGACGAAGCCUGCCUCACCGCGGGUUUGUGGAAGUCUGUGGGAUCGAAGCUCAGGGACGUCCUCUGCACGCCCGAGAGACGGCUGCUGGAAGACAGCGGAAACCUUCCUAUCUUUGCCAGCACAGGCAGAACGGAUCGCGUCCUGCUCUUCAACGAUGCCCUCGUGCUGAUCCAGGGGAACCAUUUCCAGAGUUUUGAUCUGAAGCUUCUGUGGGUGGAUGCAACUUGCAGAGAGACCGGAAAGCAUACCCUCCACAUUGUUGCUCCAGAAGAAGAUUUCUUCCUCUUGGCCAAAGAACCAGAAUCACGAGCCGUGUGGCAAUGGAAGAUCAAUCAAGCGGUGUGCCAGGCCUUGAUGGAGAAGAGGGACUGCCCCUGGUGGGGCGACGCAGGCAAAGGCUUCGACCCUCCGCUCUGCCGCUUUGGCACCCUCACUUUCAGGGCCGAGGGGCGGUUCAAGAAUGCCACCUACCAGGGAGAGUGGUGCUUGGGGAAGCCCCACGGCAAGGGGACGCUAACAUGGCCCAACGGGCAGAACUACGUCGGAGAUUUCAAAAAAGGCUUGGAAAAUGGGUUUGGGAUCUGCUUGAUCCCCUGUGGAUCAAAAGACUGCUACAACUGCUACAAAUGCCACUGGCGGGAAGGCAGGAUGAAUGGCUAUGGGAUUUGCGAAUACGGCAAUGAGACGGUCUACAAAGGGUAUUUCAAGGACAACCUGCGCCAAGGUUUUGGCGUCUUGGAUAGUCCUCCGGCCACUGGUCAUCCGUUUAAAUACACAGGACACUGGAAAAAGGACAAGAAAGCUGGUUACGGCAUCUGGGAUGACAAGGAGAGAGGAGAGAGGUACAUCGGGAUGUGGGAGAACGACCAGAGGCACGGGCCAGGCAUUGUGGUGAUGCAGUCUGGUGUCUGCUUUCGAAGGACGUUUCACCUGGAUAAAAUGGUGGGAUCUGGGGUUCUCCUGCUAGAGGAUGAUUCUGUCUACGAGGGAAAUUUCACAAACGACUUGAGUUUUGUUGGAAAGGGAAAACUGACUUUUCCAAGUGGUGUCAUCCUGGAGGACAUAUUCACCAACAAACCUAGACACGGAUUACAGAUGCAAGGGGUUCUGAACACUUCCGGAGAUCGGCAGGCUGUCACCAAGGCUGCUUUCCAGUUGGGUCAGGAAGAAUUUCCGGUGGAGAGGAGAUGGGAAGACCUCUACAACCAGUUUCUGGAGUUCAUCCGUGCAGGAGGCCAAGGCGAAAUGGAAGAAUUUUUUAUGGGCUUUCAUGUGCAGACCAGUCGGGAACUGCGCAAGUCUCAGGAAUAUCUUUUCUGCGACAGAGGAACGGAAGAAGCUUCUGAGAAAAUGGACUUCUUUGAAGAGCUGAUAAAACACCAGGAACCGGAAGCUCGACAAAGUUAUUUGCAACAGUCCCUGGAGUCCUCUCUACAUCCUUUAGGGAAAUUGCUGAAGGCUCUGACCUUGGUGUUUCAGUCAACCUAUUCCGGCAUUGGCGCUAACAAGCAUCUGCUGAGAAUGGCCCAAGAAGAGGUCAAACACUACGCCAACAAAAUAUGGGAAUUCUACCAAGGUUUGCUGCGACUUGCCUUCAGGGUCAAAGGACACACAUUCCCCCAGGACACAGAACAGAGGGACCCGGAAGGAGGCCGCCUUGUCCUGCCUCUCAUCCUGCCGUCUUUCUACCCGGAACUCCUGAUGCUCUACAUGGUCUCCCACGAAAAGCAGGACGAAGAGUACUGCCAGGGAAUUGUCAACCUCAGUCGCUUUUCUGACAUGAAGCUACUGGAAUACUUGGACGUCCAGAAACACUUCUGGCCUCUCAAAGAUCUCACACUGACGAAUAACCAAAGGCAGUCCCUGGUGAAGGAUCAGUGCUUUCUCUCUGCUACUGAAUGUCUACAGAAGCUGAUGUAA